UUUAAAAAUAAAACAAAAUAUUAUUUCAAUAUAUUCUACUAUUUAUAUUCUAUUUAAUUUAUAAAUUAAAAAUGGAAUUGAAUCCUAUGCAAGUUGCCUUAAAUACUGUCAGAACUUUAAGGUUGGAAUUAAUGCAACUUAUUAUUGAAAUUAGCGAAGGAGUUAAAGAUGAUGGUACACAAACUGAUUCAAAAGAUAAUCGUUAUAUGUAUUCUAUGAAUGAAAUGGUUGGAAAACUUGGACUUCACAUGAGAGAUCUUGAACAAGUUGUUGGAUCAUUAUCCAGCCCUCCGGGUGCUAUGCUACUGUAUAAUACCUCAUUUUUAACACAAGAAAGUACAUCUGAUAGACAAGCAUUAUACACUCCUCUGGUGUCUUCUCAUAAAUGGCUUGAUAAAGUACAUAAAUUUAGUUCCAACGCAAUACAAAUUUUAAGUCAAAAUUCAUUAAAAAAAUCGUAUUACAAUUCCAGUACAAAUAAAAAAAAGCGUCAACAGUCCAGUAUGCAUAAUAUUUCACCUCAAGCUGUUGAUGGAUUGUUAACUAAUAUUGAUAGAAUGUUUCCUGAUAUGAAUAUUACAAUAACAAGACCAUGUGCAUCUAAUGUGGUUUUAUUGGUUGGUUUAAGUAGAGUUUUACAAGCUAUAAUAUCAUUUAAAGGUGUUAUGAUUGAAUGGGUGAUUGUUAAAGGAUUUAAUGAGCCUAUAAAUCCAAAUAAUUUACAACAAGAACUUUGGCAAGAAUCAAGAUAUCAUGUUUUUCGUAAGAUAACUGAUCAUGCUAAUGCAGCUAUGUUACAUUUCUCUUCACCAACUUUGCCUGAUCUUUCAGUUCGAUCUUUCAUGACUUGGCUCAACAGUUACAUGACAUUAUUUAAUUCCGUUUGUAAAGCAUGUGGCAAUCGUUUGGUUAAUGCAUAUCCACCUACUUGGAGGGAUCUAAGAUCUUUAGAUACAUACCAUUAUGAAUGUAAACCAUAAGUUUAGUAUAUUAUAUAUUUAUAUUCAAAACUUGAUGUAAAUUGUGUUUUAUUUUUUGUGUAUAAUUUGUAAUCAAUAAAGCUUCUAAUUUUACAUGUACAAA